GUUCGAUUCGUGUUUCCGGUGUUUCGAGCCGACGGCUCGUUCAGGAAUUCUCACGCUGCGACAGCCCGUAGGAGGAAAGGACCGAAAGGCGACGCGCGUGCACUCGAACGGAGACACCGCCGGAGGAGAUCGCGCGGAUUUCGCGCUCGGACUGCGCGCCGUCCGACAGGACGACGAUGCGCAUUUCGCAUUUCGUCGUCGUCGUCGUCGCGUGUGAGUGUCGUUCUUACGCGUUCAUCCCUCGUUGUAUCACGCGGGUGUGCGAGUGAAUUUCCUGCGAGGAGUAAGAGCAAAACAAUCGGAGAGGGAUAAGCAAAGAGGGAAAAGGAGCGAGGGGUGAGAGGGAGAGCGAGUAGUGCAUCAACGCGUGUGAAAUGGAUGGUACGCCAAAGAAAAGCGAAGCAGUGCUAAUAUAUGGAUGCCCAUGGGUGGAACUUGGCCGAAAUGUGCCAGCGCUAUCAUCACGCUAUACCGGCGACAGCGGCGGCGCAGAAUUCCUCGCCAGCUAGGGAUCUCUCGGCCGCUGCCAUCGCGCAGGGCUUGUCAACCGCCACGCACAUCGAUCAAGCCAACUCAUCUUAUUCUCACUACACGAUGCUGGAUAAUUAUGACAGGGGUGAGGUGACACCACCACCGGUGAGCAGUUACGGCGGCUCUUCCGGACUUCUGGCGCUCCAUUCUUCGCUUUAUGCGACUCCCACGUCGAGGGCCUACGACAUCGAUUCCGGGAUUGACGGCAACGACAACUCGAUGCCCAUCGACACCCAAAUCAUUUCGAUACCGAACAUGCUGAGCGGUCCUGCGCAACAACGACUGGAGGACAUGCCCUGGCUGGCUUCUGGCCCGUCGUUGGAAUAUCAGCAGGGCAUCUCGUCGAUUCCCGCGGGAGUGAAGAUGUGCCAUUCCGGCGGCGGCACCAUUCAGAGAAGCAUCAAGGAGCAACGAAUACGUCGACCGAUGAACGCGUUCAUGGUCUGGGCAAAGGUCGAGCGCAAGAAAUUGGCCGACGAGAAUCCCGAUCUUCACAAUGCCGAUCUCAGCAAGAUGCUCGGGAAGAAAUGGCGAGGGCUGACGCCGCAAGACAGAAGGCCGUACGUCGAGGAGGCCGAGAGGCUACGCGUGAUACACAUGCAGGAACACCCGAAUUAUAAGUACAGACCGCGGCGUAGGAAGCACGCGAAACGGACACCCGGUGCACCGUCCUCGCCGCCCUUAGCGACCAACACCGCGGGCAACAGGUCCAACCCCACGGGCACGACGAUUCAUCAUUCCAUGUCCAAGAUGGACAGUUACCAGAGUAUACCUCAGAUCCCGUGGGGCGGCCAUUCCCCGAUCUCAUCUCUGUAUCAUCAGCAGCAGCAGCAGCAGGGUAUCCAGGAGUACAAAUCGGAAAGUAAUUCGCUUUAUGGCAGCCCUUAUACGCCCAUUAUUCACACUCCGGACAUAUCUCCGGUGGCCAGUCCCGAGCCAGACGGCGACGGAGGUCAUCUGGCGUCCACUCAGAAUCCGGAUCCGGAACGAGAUCUGAUGGAGGGCACGUCGAAGCAACACGGAGAUAUGAACGACCAAACGAAACGAUAUACUUUUAUGAGUAGCGACAAUCAACUGCACGCGGCUCACGCCGGUAACGUCAGCAUAUCGUCGUGUCAGAACUCAGGCGGUUACACGGACACUUUAACGUACAAGAAAUCCGUGGGUUACUUGAACUUUGAGAGACAGUCGACGAGCAUCGCCGCGGUAGGCAUAGCGAACGGUAUGAUGGUGUCAUGCAAUAAACUACGCUCCGGUUUCGACAACGUCGGAUCAGUCACGGGCACGUUUUAUCCGCCGGUUGCCUCGCCGCACGAUCAAUCGUUGCAGCAUUACAGCGGCACGCAGUCGUCCAAGAGCGCGACGAGCUACUCGAUGCAAUCCACCGUCGAGAGUAAUUACAAUCCGGUCCAGUGCGCCAGUAAUCGGCAGCAAUCCAUUGGAAUACGCGGUGCUGCCGAAACCUGUUCCGGUACGCAUCGAUAUCAAAUGCCGCAUCACCAGGACUAUCAGACGGACGCGUCCUCCGGCAGCGCGCAGCAGCCGCCGCCGCCACAACAACAACAACAACAACAUGCGAUUCUUGGCGGCCACAUCGAUCCCGGCAUGAGCACCGAGGACGAUCAGCAGCAAGCGUUGCAACUGGAGAAGUACUUCAAGUAUUCCCAUCCGAUCAUAGCGCACUCAAGUCUGUCUUCGCAGAGCAUGCUGGACAGCAACCACAACUACGCCAGCGAUUUGCGCUACUACGGGGCAUCGCCGCAUACCCAGCUGGACAUAUCGACCUCGCAGUGCAUCGUCGAUGAUCAACAGGGUGGCAAGGACGUUCGUUGUGCUCCGAACGUCGGCGCGAUCAGUCACACCACCAUGGAGCAGUACCAUCAGAGCUUGGAAGUGUCCAAGUAUCCAGACCAUCACUCGGCUGCGCAACAGCAUCAACAACCGCAACAAACUUCGAAUAUGGACCACGUGUCCAAGGGUGAUGACGAUUUCAGUGUUAUACUUGCGGAUGUGCGCAAAACUUGCUACAGUAGCUAGUGUUUCUUCUUUUGUUUUUCGUGCAUGGAUGUCUCUCGCAGUUCGGGUCUGAACUUCAGAUCGGUGUGCGGAAAAACUUGUCUUUUGAUCGCGACAGAGGAAGGAACGGGACGCUUGUGUGUGCAAAUUUGACGUCGUCACGUGGCUUGGUGCUACUCGAAAGAAUAUAAAAACAAUUUUAUUCUCGCGAUAGAAAAGGUAUGUUUCGUUAAUUUCGGAAAAUUAGAGUAACUUUGAAUCUCUGUGAGGAAAGAUGUCAUUUUUGCAAUUUAAUUUUAUUUUAUUCCGCGACACGCGCGGACAACAAGGUUUGAUUGCAGUUUGAUUCUUUGGGAACUCUCUCUAUCCAUUAUGUUCGAGUAUCUCUUGUGUAUAAAAUAAGCACGAUCUCUUAGUGAAUAUUUCAGUUUAACUGAGAUUAUACAUUCAUGCGGAUCAGAGUGACGUGUAUCGGAAUUGUCGUCUGUUAACAAGCCACAGCAAAAUUGUGUUGAAUAGAAGUGAAUAUUAUAUUUUAUAACAUCUUUUAUCGCUAAAAAGAAUGUUAUAUAAUGUAUGAAUAAAAAAAUAACCCGCAUAAGAUAUAAAUAUUCAAGAACGACACUAUAAAUUAUGUUACAUGACACAAAAAAGUGUUUUUUUCUUUUUCUUUACUAGAACUCUUAUAAUUUUCUCAUAAAAGUUUCACACGUGUGAAUCUUUAAAACUUUAUUUACACGUGUUUUAUAUAUGAACAUAAAUUAUAAUAUGAACAGAAGAUAUUACAAUGACAAACGACUGAUAUUGCGCGGCUCUGAUUUAGAAUAGCAUAAAAAGUUGCAAGAAAGAAUUUUCAUACUCAUGUAGAUUUCACUUUUGUAGAGUUCAUUAUCAAAGUAAUACAGUAGCAAAGAUAACAGCGCGCGAUAUAACACACAAAGAAUAUUAAAGUUAUAUAUUAUUUUAUAUCGGAAAGCAUAUCAAUAUAUUAAGGGAAAGUUGUUUUGCAUCAAGUGUUCUCGUAUUUACAUAUACUGUGUGACACCAUUUGUCUUUAAUAUGUACUUAAACGGUUUAUCAUUUAAAACUUUAUCGCUUAAACGUUUAUCUACCUAAUAAAAAAAACUUUAAAGUAUUAGUUAUCUUGUUGUAUAUAAUUUAUUUUUGUUUCGCAUUUUUUACAUAAGUUUGGUGGGAAAAUGCGAGUGUGCGAUGCAAAACGUUUUCGAUGCUUGUGUAAAAAUGUGUAAAGAAAGAGAAAGAGGAUUCUGUGUGGAGAGAGGUUUAGAACUAAAUUAUUAUAAACUAUAUUAUUUUGCUAUUAUUAUAUGUUUACUAUUAUCAAUUAUUAACGUUAUUAUUAUUAUUAUUAUUAUUAUUAUUAUUAUUAUUAUUAUUAUUAAUGUAUUAUACUUAAUACAGAACCAUUUGUGAACAAACAUUUACUUUGCACAUACUUCCUCUAGAAGGAACAUCCUACCACACAAAAGAAUUUUAUAAUUGUGCACAUGUAGUGAAAUUAAUUUUUCAGGAUUUUCGUUUCAGGAGAAUCGUAUGUUAUUAAAAAUAUCACACUCAUUAUGUAUAUGUUGUGUAUAUAUAUUAAUUCUUUUUAU